AUGCAGUGCUACUCACGGCACGCACUGGGUCACUGAAGUUGCUUCCAUCUGGCCUCCAUGGAGCAAGAACAUGUGUCGCCUCCAAAAUCAGAGCCGCCCCCUGGCAUCGUUCCUCGCUUUGUCAGGAGUUUCAGCAAGGCCAGCGCUACAACAGAGCAAUCCACAUCAACCGCUCAUGCAGACGCCGAACAAGUUUUACCAUCUUCCACAUCGAAACUCGCACAAGCGAAGAUAAAUACUAUAGACACGUUCUUGAAGUAUGCACGAAAAGCGAAGAGGCCAGGAUUUCCUCCAUCCUCCUGGUUCGUGGAGGAAGGCAAUCAAGGUCAACGACCGAUCACUCCCACUGCUGCAUCCCUUCCUGCUUCCCACAUCAUUGAUGAUGAGAUACAGGAGGCAGGCAGCAGUGCGACUACUGAUGCGAUUCAAUUUGAUGGUGGUGGAGAAGUCGGAGUUGAAAGCGAACCACCAGAACCGGACACUCUCGCUCGAAAAAUUCAAGCAAUGAUUGCAUCACUGCCCUCCAUACCAUCUGGGCUACCCACUUCUUUCCCCCAAUUCUAUACUACACCAUCCGGAACGCCAGUCAUAGAUUCCAAUGACAAUCCUCCCAUUUCUUCCCCAGGAUUUUCUGACUCAAAGUUGAUGGCAUUUCUCACUUCAUUCACCGUCAUGAAUGGGUCAAUCGAUCGUGGGAGAGAGUCCGUCUGGUCUGUGUUAGACCGAUUGCGAUCCCCUAUAACAAUGAGGAAUGGCACAGCUGGGCCAAACGCAGAGAGACCGCGCACUGGCGCGGAGUAUGAAGAUGACAAUGGAUCGGUGAUGAUGUACGGGCCUUUAGAACCCACCGAGGACUCGGAGAUAGAGAUCGCGCGCUCUGAGAUUGUCUCACUCAAUGGAGAUGGAGAAGAGAUCCGCACACCCCAGCUGACUUUCGUUCCCCUUCCAUCAGAGUCGAUCGAACAAGUCCUCGCCCAGAGCGAGAGUUUCGAUAAGCGCAAAGGGAAACAAAGGGCGAACCCUGAGCAGUUCUCUUCCAGCAGCAGAGUCGAACCAAGGGACAUGACUGCUGUUGCUGUAAGUGAGCAAGUUGAAUAUCGUGUCUGGCUCCCGUCGCCUACAAAAAUAUCCAUUCAAGCUAUGUGGUGGGGAUUCCGAAUUUACCUUCCGCCUCCUGUGCUCGAUGCUCUCAAUGAUAAGCAGCUUGAAGCUGCCAAACGCGCUGCCAUGAUCACUACCGCGCUGAAAUGGCUACUGGAUCAUUUACCUAUCUCGCUUAUGCCACCGCAGCUGCGUACCUCGAUGAAUAUUCUCCGCCGACUUGUACCAUACCUCGGCUACAUCGGAGGCUUCAUUGCCUGGAGCUGGUCAGCAGUCAAAGUUUUUGAUAAAGGGUAUGGAGUAGUUCUCACUGCCACUUGGCUCCUCCCAAUUGCUCUCAUACCGGGAACGUGGGAGGCGACCGACUUUCCAUCGUUGCAAGCGGAACCCCAGACCCCCGCUUGGUCGAAGUAUUAACGCUGGUUUUGUUGUUCGAUCACGAUGUUUUUUGGACUUGUGAUUUGCUACACACAGGAACUGUAUCGUCAUUCAUGGAGUCUGUAGAACUGUACAUACGUGUCUUGUUAUCUGUGUUUUGAGUCGCCCAUCAAGUAUGGUAGUUGUACUGUCUGGGGGGACUGCAUCUACUAUAAUAUUAAUCACUAGAGCUCAAGUUCAUCAGAAAAUCUAGUUGAGUUGCACCGGUG